GAUUUCAUCAUACCAAUGCUACUUCAGUCGCCUUAGAGCUGCAGUACAAGUACAUGUAGUCAUUUAGCACGAUAAUCUAUGCCGAAAGUAGGUAAUCUGUUUCUUGUCACUGCUACCGGUUUGUACACCAACCUUAAACUCCGGCGACCUUGACCUUGACCUGCUGGUUGCGGUGGGCUCUGCAACUCAACGACUCAGUUGGCUUUGCUCUGGUCGCGUUCGGAUUUGUGGCUCGCGGCUGUCCGCACGCAGAACUGCAAGCGUACGAGCAGCAAAAAGCGAGUCUCUGUGCCCCCGAACAGUCUUUGCUGGCUCUCGGUACCAGAUGGAAGUGCUGCCUACAAGUCGUGUGUUCGUCGUGGUAGAGAGGCCCAGAUAGGCGGGGCCUAGUCGCGUCGUGGCCUCUCCAUUCAGGAAUUCUCCCCCACGCUCUUGCAUCUCGUCGUCGAGAUCAGCAACAGCGUACAGACUUGACGACAUGGUCAUGCAGACGCUCUCGCGCGCCCUUAUGGGUCUCGCGCUGCUCAACGGUGUUGCGCAGGGAUUUAACGUCUACGUGUACAACAAGUGCGAUGAGAGCAUGACGCUGGCUCACGUGACGCCCAACGGCGUGCAGACCGAGCAGGUGGCCUCUGGCGGCUCCACUACCAAGACCAUCGCUCCCGGCUCAGCCUCGCACGUGUUCAAGUGGGGCACGGGCGCCCAGGCUACCUUGGCCGAGUUCUCGGGUGAAAUGGGCAUGUGCUGGUACGACAUCAGCAUCAUCCCUACCGGCCCCAAGAGUGGCCCCGAGUAUUGCCCGAGUCUUCAGGCUUGCAAGGACCUCACGGGCGGCGUUGGCUUCAACAAGCCCAUGCAGAUCACCCCGCACACUCAGGACGGCGGACGCUGCGUUGAGCUGACGUGCAUGGCGGACGGGUGUAACGAUGCCUACCAGUUCCCCAAGGACGACACCAAGACGCACACGUGUCCUCUGUCCACGGACUUCGACCUGACGUUCUGCCCUGGUGGCUCAGGCGGCUCCACGCAGGCUCCUACGCAGGCUCCAACUCAGGCGCCUACGCCGUCUCCUACGCCGACUCCGACGCCGUCACCCACGCCCACUCCUACUCCGACCCCGACGCCUACGCCGGAAGAGGAACAGCAGCAGGAGCAACAGGAGCAGCAGGAGCAGCAGUCGGCUUCUGCUGGUUCGGCCGGUCAGAAGCAGGACCAGAACGUGGACCAGAAGUCCAAGUCCGGCUCUGGAUCGGACACUGAGGCUGGUGUCACCAAACUGCGCAAGGUCAACGCCGAGAGCGUGCAGAGCUCCACGGCGCAGCAGACUACGCAAACAACUGAGACAACGGACAGUGCCACUCAACAGAUUGGACAGACUCCUGCUGCCGCGUCGAAGGAAGACGAGGUGCAGAAGAUCAACAAUCAGGCCUCGGAAGGCAGCAGUAACAGUAUUCCGUGGGUUGUGCUUUGUAUCGGUGGGUUUGUCGGAAUGGUGGCCGCUGCUGCCAUCGUUGUUGUGCGCAAGAAGAAGAGAGCGCUCGAGGAGCUGGAGACCAAGACUCCGGUCUCUACGACGGCUCAUGGCGCGCUCGCUACGUUCCGCACGCCCCGCGACAACGUCAGCGUGCUCUAAGCAUGCAGAGCUGCAGUUUUGGAUGUGGGCAUACACACUUUUUUAUCUGUAGAUACGGUAGCUAGCUAGUCGCGCGAAGUGGAAGCGCUCCAAGUGGCUAGCGACGAGAGAAGACGGAUUUUUGAUCAUACAAACCUUGUGUGUGUGUGUGCGUCUUUUGUUGUUCGACUUAUAGUGAUAUCGUUAUAAUAAUUGCUAUGUAAUCGUAGUAAUAGUCAAGUUAAC